AUGGAACAAAAAUACUGCAUGCGUGACGAUCACACGAACGUGGCGAUUCCUUUUCGCUUGCUGUAUGGAGGUAAGUUUAAUUUAUAGGGAAGCCCUCAUUCUUGCUUCUAACUCAUUGUGUUAUAUAUUGUGUUUUUUCUAAUGUUUCCAUGUCAUUUCUGCAACAAUAUAUAUAGCUAUUCCCAGUGGCGUAGCCAGCCCGACAAUUUGGUCAUGCUAUGCAAAUAUCACAUCAUCAUCAUUAUUCAUUUCUUUAGAAUCGAUUGUUUUCACGGUCUAUAAACACGGAAAUAUUUGCAUAGCAUGACCAAAUUUUCGGGCUGGCUACGCCACUGGCUAUUCCGCAUGUAAACGUUUUUCUUUGCUUGAUAAAUAUUCUUUUCGUUGUAGAUGUUUGCCCUUUGAUAAAAGAUAUUCUCUCUGAAGCGACGUAUGAUUUCCAGAAUCAUUGUGCCAUGAAGUGUUUGCAAUAUCCACUCUGUGCUGGAUACAAUUUUAAGAAAAAGUACCAGAAGAAGACUCCAAACUGCCAGUUAACCCACACGCUGGAUCACAACUUUCAUGACUGCAACGCUGGUGACAAAGGCUGGAUAUUUUAUCAUCCUGUUGCUCCAAGAAAG